CAGAUUUUGUGUAUGAUUUUGAAUUCAUUGAAGAUUUCUUGCUGGCUAUUGCUAUUGAUUUGAAUGAUAACAAGAUUUUUUGGAGGUGAAAUUUGUGAUUGAUUCAUUGGCAUAGAUGAAGACAGCGAAAUUUUGGCGUUUAAGCAUGGGCGAUAUGGAGAUAUUGCUUGGAUCUCCAGUUCUACACCGUCCUCAGAUGAAGAAGCCAAUGUGGAUUGUUGUUUUGGUUUCAUUUAUAAUCUUGUUUCUAACUUGUGCUUAUCUCUACCGGAUGCAAAACACUACAUCUUGUAACAUGUUCUAUUCUAAACCGUGCAUAAUUGAUAUUUCUGUUCUGGCCGUUUCUCAUAUUCCUGUAAGUGUUUACAUAGAGAGAGGGAUUACAUUAGAUAUGCCGCAAAAUCCAAAAAUCGCCUUCAUGUUUUUGACUCCUGGUUCUUUACCAUUUGAGAAAUUGUGGGAUAACUUCUUCCAAGGUCAUGAAGGGAAGUUCUCUGUUUAUGUGCAUGCUUCUAAGGCUAAACCAGUUCACGUGAGCCGGUAUUUUGUUAAUCGGGAUAUACGCAGUGAUCAGCUGGUGUGGGGUAAAAUGUCCAUAGUUGAAGCAGAGCGACGACUGCUGGCAAAUGCGCUCCAAGAUCCUAAUAACCAGCACUUUGUUUUACUUUCUGAUAGCUGUGUGCCGCUGUAUAAUUUCAACUAUAUUUUUGAUUAUCUGAUGUAUACAGAUAAAAGCUUUGUCGACAGCUUUAGGGAUCCUGGUCCUGUUGGCAAUGGCAGGUAUUCAGAACACAUGCUACCUGAAGUUGAAAUUAAGGAUUUUAGAACGGGUGCGCAGUGGUUCUCUUUGAAGCGGCAACACGCUGUUAAAGUUAUGGCUGACCACCUUUAUUACUCAAAAUUUCAGGCUCAGUGUGAGUCCUGUGUGGAUGGGAAGAAUUGCAUUCUAGAUGAGCAUUACCUACCGACCUUCUUCACUAUUGUCGAUCCUAAUGGAAUUGCAAAAUGGUCAGUAACUUAUGUUGACCGGUCUGAGCAAAAAAGGCAUCCCAAAUCAUACAGGACUCAGGAUAUUACAUAUGAACUUUUGAAGAAUAUUAAGUCGAUAGAUGAAAGCGUGCACGUCACCAGUGACGAGAAGAAAGAAGUACAAAGAUGGACUUGUUUUUGGAAUGGAUUUCGGAAGCCGUGCUACCUAUUUGCUAGGAAAUUCAGUCCCGAAACAGAGGAGAGUUUGUUAAAGCUUUUUUCCAAUUAUUCAUCUUCAUGAGCUGGCUAAUUUUCCUGGAAAUGAACAGACCAUACAAAAAUAAAAGAGAAGGAAAUUUUCUUAAGCUUAUUGAACAG